AUGAGUAUAAACAUAGAUCUCGCAGCAGAGUUUAAAGUUUCACUCCUAAAUGCUUUACAAUCUCGUGAAAAAUCCGGGCAGCGAUUUAAAAAUGAUAAAAUUAUUGAAAAAAAAGACGAUUUUGAGUUAGUACUAGAUACUUCAGAUGAAAUAACUAAACUUGUUCAAGAAUUUUUUAAAGCUUCGCUGGCAGUCGGAAAUACGGGGGAACUUGUAAAUUAUAUCAUAUCAUUGCUCACUAUAUCUCCGACUUGGGAGCGAAUAACUCUUAUUUUAUCAAUAUUUAAUGGUCUAAUAACUGAUACACCAACGACAUUUGGGCUAUUAUUGGCCCUUGGUGGCGAUAUCUCACAACAAUCUUCCACCCUUCAACCUGUUAUGCACAUCACAAUUCCACAGAUUUUUAAAGAUAUUGAAGUUCUUAUUGAUAUUUCAUCUCCUGAAUUAUGGAUGGGUGUACUUUCAUUUAUGCGCACUAUUUUACAACAAAAUCCUAGAGCCAUGAUGGACAUUCCACCAGAUCUAGCCACUGAUAUUAUCAAAAUUAUCUUACAACAAAUUGAACGCCUUCCAAUAGAUCUCGAUAAACAAAAGUAUAAAUGUGUUGAAAAAGGGCGCCAGAUAAUUGAAACUUUCUUGAUUGGUAAAGAUUGUGGAGGUACUGGUUGUGUCUCACAUUAUCAGGUCAUUGGACAGCUGCAAGCAGUAUACGGAAUGCCUGUUCUUGGACGGUUUAUUUCUGUUCAUUGGUCCAUGGAGCAAUUUGUGAAUGAAUUAUGUCAACGUCGAAAACGUCUUGCAUUUUUAAUGAUGCCACCUGGUUUUGCCUUCGUUAGUCGAUCUCAUGAAUAUAUUGAUAUAACCCAUCUGCCUAUUUAUCAAAUAUUUUCUUGUGAUUAUCAAUUUAUAGACGAAGGACAUGUUACAAAAUGUUCUUCACGCUUUCGCGACCUGUUAUUUCAACGUGCAUCUUUUGAAGAAUUCAAGACUAUGAUUAAAUCUGUAAAACAAAAUCCUCAGGGAAUGGAACAUAUGCGUACAGCAUUUUUUGAUAAAGUGCAUAAUGUUAUUAAGUCAAUACAAUCUCAAUCAAACUUUGAACAGCCCAGAAUAGAUCAACAUUCAAAUGAAGACAUGCUUAUUCCUGAAAAUCUUGGAUUUUGGGAACUUAUCAUUGAACUUGGAGAUCAAUUAGUUGGUUUAGUUGCAGCAGACCACCUAAAAUAUGAAGAAGUUCUUUCAAAUUUUUAUUACAUGGUUCAUCCUAAACAUGGUGAACGUCAUAACACAGUUCCGAAAGAUAAUACUUUGAUCUGGUUAUUAAUCCCACUUUUCUACUUGGAUAAAAUUGGAACCACUAUUUCUGGCGAGUUGAAGUUUGACGAAAGGUUGCUCAAUAUGCUUAUACAAUUAUACAAUGAGCAGCAGAUUAGAUCCAAAGAUUCAUUUUAUUUACGAGAUCUAGCCUUGCAAUGUGUGGUGACUUCUCAAAAAGCUGCUAUACGUGAUGUACCUAAUAUCAAACAUAGGUAUCCUCAACUUACAGCCGCACUAUCAUACAUGCCACAUAGCAUUAAUAAAGAUUUUGAAAAUUAUAAAGCAAAUGUGGUGAACCAUGACAUAUUUAGAAAUUUAACCAUCCAGGAAAUUAUAAAGCUUUCCAUUGCCAGUCAAAUGAAUAAAAGUGCUGUAGCCGAUACUUUAUACGCCUAUUUAGUCCCUGGUAGACUUGAAGCAGGACAACUUGGAUUUGGCAGACUUGAAGCAGGACAACUUGGAUUUGCAGAUGCAAAAUUUCUGAAGGGCGGCAUAAUUGAAUAUAAGCUACUUGAUUUAAUUAAUGUCACUAGCAAGCUUAGGCUUGUAGAGUUUAUAUAUAAGAUGAUGCUUGAUGGAGAUGUUGCCCCCAAAUUUCCAAUAGAUGUGACUGAACAUAAAAUAACGUGUGUUUCGCCUUAUGUUUUAGACGUACUCUAUAAAACGGUUUAUAGUGCACCUUGGUCUUUAGAAACUUUAGUUAAGGAGAUUCUUGACAAACUGAAACGUUUUGAUAAGGCUUCUAAAGUACGUGCUGAAGGAGGAACUCAGCUGACCGAAACUGCUUUACGUUGGGAACAUACAAUUCUCCAGCUCUUUUGUCACCGAUUCCAUAGAUUCUUAAAACAUUCUGCAAAGACGCCAGAUUUAUUACAUUAUAUAAAGCAUUCUGUUUCUUAUUUAGAACAUAGGCAAACAUAUCGUGAUGCAGAAUUGUUUGCCUUGCAUAUAAUGAUGAUGCAAACAGAUGUCAAGUUUAUUAAAUCUUUGUCUGAUUCAAAUCGAGAAAAGCAAAUUUUAUUUGCAGAGUCCGAAUUAUUGGCAAGAUAUAUGAUAUACACUAUGGCACGUGUUGAAGACAUCCCAGAUAUUAUGAGUGUUAUACUAGAAAUUUAUCCACACCCAAUUCAAUGGUCAGAUACAACACUAAGUUUUUUCCCAGAACCGUUGAGAACACAACUUGCAGCUCAACAAAUGGCAAUUGAAAUGCCAGUGUCUUCUAUUUCUUUUACAGAUAAGGAUAUGAAUUCUGCUUUGCAGGUUGGAAAUCUUUUCAAAUUGUUUAUGGAUCAGUCCCUUAAUUCUGAGGAUGAGGUGACUCUUCAAGAACAUUACUCUAAACUGGAAAAUCAACCAAUUUUCUUAUGUUCUCUUUGGAAAAUUGGUUGUGGUGGUAGAAAAAUUUUAAAUCCAGAGAUGAUGAGCACUUUGCGAAAAGUUUUAUUACAAUUUCCUCCUUCCAGAAUGGCGACUUAUACUAUGACAUUGAUUGAUUUUAUCAUUGAGAUGAUAGAACGUGAUUUAUCACCUGUGGAUGUGUGCUACAAAAUGCUUGAUGAAUUGAUAUGGAAAUACCAAAUUCUUGCUUUUGAACAUGUAAUUUUCGCACUUGUCAAAGGGAAUUGCGAAAUUAAUACAACCGCGAUUGGAAUUCUAAACUAUUUAUUAUUCAAAUCUGAAGAGUUUUCAGGAAGGGUUGGAUAUUUUAUAUCUUUGAAAUUUUCUCACCGAUAUUGGACUGAAGAUGAUCAUCAUGAUAAAUUGAUGAAAUAUCUUGAAAAAUAUCCUGAAUAUUUUCAAUAUGAGGCAUUUGCAAUGAACGAUUAUAAAACUGUUUUAGAACCACCAUUGGCAACAAAUAUGCCAAUUUAUUAUACAACAGCUAUUCGAAGAUCGUUGCCCAUACUUGAUAUAGUAAUUGGCAGAUUGAUUGAAUUCGAACAACAGAAAAUGCUUGCUGAUUUACUGGAUAAGUAUAGGCUCCUUUAUAGAUAUCAUCAGACACCUCUUGCUUUUGUCAGGGAUCUUUUGCAUUAUUAUUAUUCUGCUCCAGUAUUGAGAGACCAAUCUAUUUCCACAAGAUUAAUAAAGUUACUUGAUUUUGAUGAAUAUGAUAUUGAUUCUCAAUUAUUGCAAUAUGGAGCCGGAUCUAAUGACGUAUUUUUAGCAGAGCUUUUUGACAUUACUUACUUUGAAAAGGUUUUUCACAAAUUAGCCGAUUUAAUGUCACCGGAUACAUGUGCCCCCAAGGUUGAUGCUAAAUUUCCAGAACGUCACUUUCGAGAGAUUCCAAACCCCGUAGUACAAGCCCUACAUAUAGCUUGUAUAGAAGUGCUUGCAACGCCGAUAUCGCCUGAAGAAAUAGUGAAAGAAUCAUUAGACAUUGUAACUUCUAUGAAUGGACGCAAGAAUACGUCUGUCCAGCCUAUGGUCAUGCAUGCUAUGGGCUUUUUAUAUUCCUUUUUGCCUACUGAGGAAUUCUUAUAUCAGAUAUUUGAUAAAAUAGUGUUAACUAUCACCACAGAUCCCCAUUUAAAAGAAUUCUCACAACCAUUUAAUUUGAUUCAACGCGAGCAAUCUCAACCAUCAUUACCAUAUUUAGACCUUUCAUAUCAAUCAAAUCCAUUACAACAAUUAUUCUUACCUUCUACGCGGGAUUUUUCAGCAAUGUUUCCCUAUAUUUUCAACGAAUAUGCGUCUAAUAUUCAUAACUUUGGCACAAAUGUUGCAAACAGCCUUCUCACGUUUACGCAUUGCUUACUACAUUACUCUAAUAUUGAUGAUAUACAAAUAUUUAUUCAUAGACUUUUAAAUAUCGAAAUUGAUGGGAUUGCUACGAUUGCUACAGAUGUGCAGAUACUAUAUCUGUGUGCUUUAGUUGGACCCGUGAUACAUAGGUUAUUGGAAAAUCAUACAUUAACUGCGAAAUACCCCGAACAAAUGCCAGAAAACACAUUUAGUCAAGAACUCGAUACCCCGCAUCAUCUACCUGCACGGAACGAAAAGAAAAGUGUUAAUAAUGAGGUAAGGCACCAUAAUAGGGUGCUUCAUCCCGAAGAACAAUCACAUCCUGAAUGGAAUACAACAAAUCUUUUAAACCUUCAGCAAAGUGACAAUAUUAUACACUGA